AUGGCUAAUGAAAAGGACGCUGCCCGUGUGAAUCAGUAUGACUCCGCUACCUAUACCCGCAAGGGUCUCACCACUCGCGUUGUAAUUCGCGAAAAGCCCUUUAUUAAAUCGCGUACGCAGCGAUUGGUAGACUUUCUUCGCCCUUCCAUCCGCACGGGCUUUAACGUUGUGCAGGGAUUUGAGCUUGCGAAGGUGAUGGGCUGCGUGGUGUUGCCGGUCUUCAUGAUGCUCUAUUGGAAGCGUGUGCAGAAGGGACUUCCCGACCGCUGGGAGGGUCAAUUCAGCGGCCUGCAGCACAAACAACUGAAGGAGGAAGUCCAGCAGCAACAGGAACAGGAAACCGAUUAUUUCACAAUCAUCGAUACAUUUAAAGAGCGACGAGAGAAGGCGUUAAAGAAGAAACAGAUGGAAGUGAUGGGAGGAGAUGCAAACGCGGCAAAGACAGGUUGA